UUCAGGUUGUAAUAUAGGAUCAAAUGAAUUGUUGGAUAUUGUCAAUUGGCGUGGGAAAAAUGUUUUAGGCAGGAUUCUAGUUGGUAUCAGAGAAAAGCUUCUAAGUGAGUUAAUUAUUUCGGAGCUAUAAAUAGUGUAGAGUUUUAGCAUAUGUUGGGAAGGUCAUUUUUGAGUUAUCAAUCCAUAUUUUCCAUAUUUUUCCAUAUUCUGGUUUUCCGUCCAUAUUUUCCAUAUUUCAUCCAUAUUUCGUCCUCCUCUGUUUCAUAGUAGUAAAUCAAUAAACCAAAAAAAAAUAUAUAUAAAAAAAAUAAUAAUAAAAUAAAAUUUUUUUUUUACCUAGGGGGUUUUAUAAACAUUAAAUUUUGAUUACCUUUUACAAACAUAAUUUUUUUAGAAAUGGAACAGUUCAACAUCGGUAGUCACGUCGACUUUCCUCCACUUAGAGGGAUUUCGUCCGAAAAAAAGGUACCUACACAAUCUCCAUCUGCUAAAAGUCCUCCAUCGUCGUCCACCGCUCAAAAUAUUGAAAUAUUAAAAGAGUCCACCAGUUCAUUAAGUUUGGAAAGCACUUCGGUGAUCAAAAAUUCCAAAACUAAUGAACAGUUAGUUGAUGAGAAAGAGAAAGAGUCCACCAAAGUUGAAACCCUUCGGGGAUCUAAUAUUGAAGAGAAAAAAGUUGUCGAAUACAUGGUUUGUGCUGUAGAAGAAAAAGGAGUUAUUGGAGUUCGAAGAAAUGCAGCUGCCAACAAACAAUAUCCUCAUUUUGUGUCGAUUGACAAUAAUAUUGCCGCCAAAUGUGAAGGUUUUGUGGAGAAAUUAAAUCUUGGUGAUUUGGUUUUUAUCUCAGAAAUGGAAUGGAAAAAAGGUUAUGAGGAGCUAGCAAGGAAUGCGGGCGAGGUUACAAAGGAUAGGAAGAUGUGGUAUGUUGGAAAAAUUAACACACAAGCAAAUGCCACCGUCAUCGAGCUUAUUGAUUAUGCUACUCGAAGGAACUAUCCUGGCGUUGUCAUAAAAAUUAAGCGUGGUGGGAAAUUCAACACUCUUAUGUGUUGUCUUGUGAUUUCUGCAGGUUUACAGGUAGCGUCCCGCUGCUACAGGCGUCAGCUAAAUGACAUCACUCUCGAGCAGUUGGAAAUCGGACAGUUAGUAACGGUAUCGGUUGCGAGUGUUCCUCAAGAUUGUUUAGUUGAUGAAGCUUAUGUCCUCCCGCCACAGACUGAGUUUAAAAUCGGUUCAGAUGAAGUUCUUAGAAUUGGAAUGGGAGUCAUCGGAACAGUUGGAGCUCAUUCUCCUUGGCCUUACAGAAGAGAUGGGAAAAACACCUUCUAUCCUCUUACGCCUGAAAUGUCAUAUGAGGAGGUUGAGCUGGCUGAGAGUGUUAUUAGUGCUGCCAUUGGCUAUUCAUCUGAGAAUGAAAGGAAGGAAAUAGUUGAGAAUAGAUUUGAAGGUUGUUCGUUGUUUGUUGAUAAUAAAUUUGAACUUCGGUUCUCCAAUAUUGAUAAUAGUAAAGUGAAGAAAUUGAAAAAUGUGUGGAAGGUCGAUGACCAAGUAAUGCUUAAGUCAGAGAUGCAUUUACCACAUUUUGCUAUCGGUGCUAUCACAAAAGUUGAAUUUAAUGAUUCUCCUUCCUUCGGGAAUAACAAAAAAUUUGAUUUCUGGGUCACAGUUAAAGUCGUGAGUAACCAAGAGCGGAAAAAUCGUGAUGUUGUCGAGGAAUUAGAGUAUGCAAAGGACGGAGGUUAUAUUGUUGUCCAUCCGGUAUUGUUUAAAGGUUUAGAGAGUCGCAGAGAGUGCUUUGCUUCCAACCUUCCGUCUAGAAUUGCAAGGACGGACACCGACCAAGGUAAACUCAUGCGUGCUUUGUUGGCUCGUGAAGUUGAGGUUAUUGAUGAGAAUGAAGAUGACUCUGACACUUCGGUGAUUGAACAGAUGCAUCCUCUGAUGAGAUUGUUAAAUGCAAGACAGCAAGUGACAGCGAAGAGUUUGUUGAAAGAUGGUUGUCAAUUCACAUUUCAACAGGCGCCGCCUGGUGUUGGUAAAACCUACGUCGCUUCUGUUGUUGUUGACAUUUUGUUGUCGGUCUUGAAUGAUGUGAAGGUUGCCGUCAUAACUGCUGCGAAUUUACCACUCGCUAAGUUGGCAAAGGAGUUGGAAGAAAUUCUUGGUAGUGCGGAAAUGGAAGAUUCCGGCGCGAUUGCCUUCUUUUCUGGCUACGCAAAGGAAAAAUAUAGGGAUUCGAUCAAUGAGCUUCGGCAGCACAUGCUUAUCUCCAAGUUGGCACUUAAUGAAGAGAGAAUGGACAAUGAAAUGAGGAGAGAUUGUAGAGAAUAUAGUGAAAAUUUUGAAAGAAGGCCAAGGCUGACAAAGGAGAAAAGAAUAGGGUCGAUGUUCUCCGAAAUUUCUCAACUGAGAAUUGUUUUUGCCACUUCAACUAUGGCUGAGGAGAUGGUUGGUAAUGCGUUGCUUGACACUUCGGUGCUUAUCUUUGACGAGGCGACGCAGGGUUCCUUUGCUGAGUUGGCUAAUCUUGUUUGUCGUUUGCCAAAACUUGAAAAGAUUCUCGUCACUGGUGAUAAAUACCAGCUGGGUGUUCAUCUUCAGGAUUUGCCGAGUUCUCUCCACGAAGGUUUUGGACUGGAGUCGAUGGUUGAUCAACUGGUAGGGUCCUCCUUAGUCCACCACACACGGUUGGUUACGUGCUACCGCAUGCAUCCGUUGUUGGUCCAUAUUGUUUCGUAUGCUUCAUAUGAACAACAUGAUGAGUCUUUGGAGCCUGGGACAGCUGAAGAAGACAGAACUCUGUUGACUUUGUCUCGUUUUCCUCUUCCGAUGCAAAAUGUGCCAAUAGUCCUACUUAACAUCAUAGGUACUUGUCGUCAGGAUUCUGUUUCCCACUCGCUUACGAACGAUGAACAGACUACUUCGGUGGUAAAUUUGGUUUCUGCGUUGUACAAUUACAUCUCACCAGACGUUUCUCUUGUUGUCAUUUGCUUAUAUUUGUAUCAAAAGGAAUGCCUCCAAAAAGAGUUUGAAAAUCUUGGUUGGAAUGUUCUUGUAGUGAGCGUAGAUGGGUAUCAAGCCCAGGAGAGUGAUUUGGUUGUGCUCGUAACUACUAGGUCUCGCCGGAACAUUGGCAACCUUGGUGACACUUCGGACUUCCUUCGGGAUGAUUGUCGUGCCACUGUAGCGCUUAGUAGAGCAAAGCAUGGAUUGUUCCUCGUUGGAAAUGUUGAGAUUCUUCGGAGCGGCACUGUUUGGAAUAGAUUUCUCGAUAAGGCGUCUGAGUACACUCAUAUUGUUGGAUCCGAAUAUUUGAAUGUUUUGAGAAGUGGUCGAUGCAAGCGAGAUCGUUUUGGACAGCUUCUCUCCGCUGAUGGCAGAACUGUAUCUGACUUUUCGGAUGAGAUCCCUUUUGAGCCUCAACAAGAAAUAUGGACAAACACCCGUCGAAAUGAAUGUUGGAGAAAUGAACCGAGCACUAGUGGUACAUCUUCUAACAGGAAUGUUAGAAGAGAAGACUGGUUUGAUGGGGAUAAUGGGGGGAAUACAAAUAAAAACACUAACCCUUUUUAUUACAGGAAAGACAGCAACUGGAAACAAUGGGCUGGAAGGACCGUGACUCGCUCUAAUAAAUGGAAUGGUGGCAAUUCUUGGCGUUAG